CUACUGCGUGUCUGGUGUGGCAAAGGGAAGGGAAAAGUGUAGCACACAAUAAGCGUUCAACCGCCACUGCGUAGCGACGUGAAAACCGACUUAAAUCAAGUACAGCUUUGAAAUCGUAUAGUCCUGACUUUUUAAUAUAAGCUGGAAACAGAAAACUAUCAGAGACGUGAUAUGAGGACGUGUUUAUUCCCCUGGAGACAACACUGUAAAGCUGCACAGGUGAAGCUGCACAGCUUCUAGAAAAAGGAAUAGAUCAGAACCAGCUGAAAAAAAGGAGAAGAGGAACAGAGAGAUCAUAAAAAGGAAGAGCUGAAUCUUUCAGAUACCGUUUUUUUGCUGCUUUCUCUCUUUCUCACUCUGUUUGCAUCCAUCUGGCUGCAGAUUGCAUCCAAGACUGUUUCAUAAGCAGCCUUUUUUUUUGCCUGUGAUUUUUUUUUUUUUUGCCUUCAGCAUUUCUGAAAUAAACAAUUUGUUUACAUUUACACCUUCAUUCACCCAAGAGUUUGGAGGUCAUAGGUUCUCCAGCCACUUGCUUUUCAGACUCACAAAGGUCACAUUUAGCCCAUGAGGAAGAUUCAACCAAAAAUGAUUUUCCACUACUGUUCCUGUAGCCCAACCUAGUUCAUUUCUAUAAAUUAUUUUUAAGCAGAAUUGGUGAGUCUUAUCACCAGGUACUCUCACCAUACUAUGAGUGAUGAUAACUCAGACUCCAACCCCAGCAAUGCUCCUAGGGUGGGAGCAGGAGGGACCGAGGAGGAAGAAGAGGUUGUGCCACAGACCAGCUCACUUGGCAUGAGUGGCAGCUCGCCGUCAUCAAAUCCAGCCAAUGGCAGGACAGGAUCUUCUACGGGAGGCGAGUCAGAACCCACAGGUUUAUCCAGUGAUAAUCGGGGGCAGAAUUCGGAUGACAUGGAUGCGCUAUCGAGCGGCAAUGACUCCGGAGAAAGGGAGAGUGAAGGGGGGCUGGACAGAGAGAACGGUUCCAGGGGACGACAGUCCAUGCGAAGUUACCAGAGCUCCUCAAGUCAUAAUGGCAAAGAUUCUGGCAUGAUGUUGGAGACCACUGAGAGCAACAAGAGCUCGAAUUCUCAGAGUCCGUCUCCUCCCAGCAGCUCACUGGCAUACAGUUUGUUGAGUACAAGCUCAGAGCAGGACCCUUCAUCCACCAGUGGCUGUAGCAGUGAGCAGUCAGCUCGUGUUCAGACCCAGAAAGAGCUGAUGAGGGCACUGAAGGAGCUCAAGAUUCGCAUACCUGCAGAGAGGAAGACCAAAGGACGCUCCAGCACGCUCAACGCCCUCAAAUACGCCCUUAGCUGCGUCAAACAAGUUCAAGCCAAUCAGGAAUAUUAUCACCAGUGGAAUGUUGAAGAGUGUCAUGGCUGCAGUCUGGAUCUUUCCACAUUUACCAUAGAAGAGCUCGAUAACAUUACCUCAGAAUAUACGCUGAAAAACACAGACACGUUCUCCAUGGCUGUGUCAUUCCUGUCAGGGAAGGUGGUAUACAUCUCUCCACAGGGUUCAUCAUUGUUGCGAAGUAAACCGGAGAAGCUGCAGGGGGUGCUGUUUUCAGAGCUGCUCGCUCCUCAGGACGUCAGCACGUUCUACAGCAGCACUGCCCCCUGCAGAUUACCCCCCUGGGCCUCCUGCAUCGGAUCUGCAUCUCCUCCAGUGGAGUGUACCCAGGAGAAGUCCAUGUUCUGCAGGAUCAGCGCAGAUGGCUCUUCCAGUGGAGACAUGCGCUAUUACCCUUUCAGACUGACCCCAUACCUGCUCACAUUGCGAGACUCCGACACUGCAGACCCUCAACCCUGCUGCCUGCUCAUCGCCGAAAGAGUACACUCUGGAUACGAAGCUCCACGUAUUCCUCCAGAUAAACGGAUCUUUACCACCAGUCACACACCUAGCUGUCUCUUCCAGGAAGUUGAUGAGAGAGCUGUGCCGCUGCUGGGUUAUCUGCCUCAGGACCUGGUGGGAACGCCAGUGCUGCUCUGUCUCCACCCAGAGGACAGGCCAAUGAUGGUGGCCAUCCAUAAAAAGAUUCUGCAGUUUGCAGGACAGCCGUUUGAACACUCUCCGUUGCGGAUGUGUGCACGGAACGGAGAGUAUCUGACGAUAGACACCUCCUGGUCCUCCUUUGUUAACCCUUGGAGCAGGAAGGUGGCGUUCAUCGUGGGUCGCCACAAAGUCCGAACUUCUCCACUGAAUGAGGACGUGUUCACCCGUCCGAGUGCUCUGGAGGAGAGCAACUUGACGCCGGAUAUCGCACAGCUCAGCGAGCAGAUCCACCGGGUUCUGGUGCAGCCUGUACACAGCAGCAGCUCACAGGGCUAUGGCAGUUUGGCAAGUAAUGGCUCUCAUGAGCUGCAUCCUAGUGCCACUUCAUCAUCAGAGAGCAAUGGCACCGCUCUGGAGGACCCAGCUCAGCUUCACAAACCGAUGACCUUCCAGCAGAUCUGUAAGGAUGUUCACAUGGUAAAGACAAGUGGCCAGCAAGUGUUUAUCGAGUCCCGUAACCGGCCCCCUCCUAGAAAACACACCGCCACUGUUUCAUUGCGAGCUGUAGUGGACACUGUGCCGGAUGUGGCCGUGCCCUCAAAGGAUCCAGUCCUGUCUCAGCUGGUAAGGAAGGACCCGCCCAGUGCGUACUCUUACCAGCAAAUCAACUGCCUAGAUAGCAUUAUACGGUAUCUGGAGAGCUGUAAUGUCCCAAACACAAUAAAAAGGAAGUGUGGCUCAUCCUCCUAUACCGCAUCCUCCACUUCUGAUGAUGAUAAGCAGCAAGACACUCAAAGCAAUCCUAAAGGUCCGUCAGUAGCUCUAGUUAGUGAGAGUACAUCACUGCCAGCCCUGGCUUUACACAGUAAGGCAGAGAGUGUAGCCUCAGUAACGUCCCAGUGCAGUUUCAGCAGUACCAUUGUCCACGUGGGAGACAAGAAACCCCCAGAGUCAGACAUUGUAAUGGAGGAAGCGCCUACAACUCCUAUACCUGCUCCUCCUGUCCUUCAUACUCCUCCACCUCCUCCUCCUUCUCCACCUACCGUUCCAGCCGCUCCUUCACUUCUCCCACCCCCAACUCCACCCAGCCCUGCGGUUACAACUGAGAGAGAUGGAGGCAGGAGAGGAGGAGGAGGAGGAGGAGGAGGAAUUGGAGGAGGAAGGCUAGGACUGACCAAAGAGGUGCUUUCUGCACACACUCAGCAGGAAGAGCAGAAUUUCCUGUGUCGCUUUAGGGAUCUGAGUCAGCUGAAAGUGUUCGAUCCAGCUUCAGUACUUCGACGGAAUACUACCACACCGAUCACUAGAGGUGCACGCUGUUCACGUGAUUACCCAGCAAUGAGCAAUAGUGGUCGUCGGCGUGGUAGAGGUGGUAAGAGGUUGAAACAUCAGGAGACCUCAGAGCAGUCGAGCUCUUUAGGCCUGUCAGGCCCAACAGGAAGCCUCUCUAUGGGUGCUCCUGCACAAGAGGGAGUACCUACCGCUUCUUUUCCUCUGGCACCUCCAACAACUUCAUCAUCUUGGCCGCCUUCAGUGGGCUCGCAGAAUAGCCUGCCCUCUGUGCCCUAUCCACCAGGCAUGCUGCCCCUUUAUCCACUCUACCCACCUCUCUCUCACCCCAUCACUGACCCCUCAAUGCAAUCGGGAUUUCGCUUUCCCAUUCAGAAUCCUCACGUGGCACCUCCUAUGGUGCCCCCCAUGAUGGCGUUGGUACUUCCCAAUUACAUGUUUCCACAAAUUGGUACAACCAUGGCCCAACCUGUUGCAGCAACUAUGUCUCAGCCCUUCUACAACCCCAGCAUGUCUUUUCAGUACCCCACAGCAAGCGCUGUCCCUCCAGCACCCGCUCAGACAUUACCAUUGGCCCCAAGAAACCCCUCCCGCUGUAGCACACCUCAGUCCUGCAGCCAGAGGGAAGGAGGAGUGGAAAGAGACGGGACAGAGUCACCUCUUUUCCACUCUCGAUGCUCUUCCCCUUUGAAUUUGCUUCAGCUAGAGGAGUCACCAUCCAGUCGGCUUGAGGCAGUAACAGCAUUGGCCUCUGGGCAACAGGCCACACCUCCUGCCGGUGGACAAGGAGGUGGGGUUGUAGGACAGGCAGCAGCCAAUCAGAGAGGCACAGCAGCAGACUCUAAAGAGAAUGAAAGUGGAGAAACCAAUGAAUCGAAUCAGGAUGCCAUGUCCUCUUCCAGUGAUCUGCUUGACCUGCUGCUGCAGGAGGACUCGCGAUCAGGCACAGGCUCAGCCGCCUCUGGCUCCGGCUCCUCGGGUACAGGGUCAUCAGGAUCUGGCUCAGGUUCUUCAGGGUCUGGCUCCAAUGGAUGCAGUAGUUCUGGGAGUGGAACAAGAAGCAGUCAGAGCAGCCACACGAGCAAGUAUUUUGGCAGCGUGGACUCGUCCGAGAAUGACCACUCUCGUAAGCAGACAGCAGGGGGCAACGGAGAGGCCCAGUUCAUCAAGUGUGUACUGCAGGAUCCUAUCUGGCUGCUUAUGGCCAACACAGAUGAGAAGAUCAUGAUGACCUAUCAGCUGCCCAUCAGAGACAGAGAGACUGUACUGAGUGAGGACAGUGUUGCAUUGAGAGCCAUGCAGAAACAACAGCCUCGUUUUACUGAAGAGCAGAAGCGAGAACUGAGUCAGGUUCACCCCUGGAUCCGCACAGGACGCCUGCCACGCGCCAUCAAUAUAUCCGGAUGUGUGGGCUGCAAAUCUCCUCCAUCAAUGCCUCCUGCUGCCCCCUUUGACGUGGAGAUCCACGAGAUGGAGCUGUGCAGCGUGCUCGACGUGACAGAAGAUGGCGCCACUGGCGAGAAACAUGUGCAGCCAGACACAGCCAUGGACGAGAGAGAGACGGAAGGAGAGGCAGAGCAUCGGAUAGAUGAAGACGAGAAAGGACAGGCCAGAAUGACGAGACAGGUCAGCGAUCAGGAGAUGGCAGCCGAGGAACAGGAAGUUACCUCACAAAUGGAGGAGGAUGGGAAAUGAUAUGGAGGCCAUGUGACUGAUAUGAGACACUGAUAUGAUGUGAUACUGUUAGCCCAUGACUGGUGGUGGAAAUGACUUCAUACUCACAGCUGAUGAUGUCAGCAGUGGGAUAAUGACAAAAAAAAGACUAUAGCACUAACAGCCACGCGUUCUGACUUUCAGGCACAAUUUUAUUUUAUUUUUUUGAAGUAAAAGAUGUAAAUGUAAACUAAGUAUGUUGUAAGGUUUACCAAUGACACUGUGGAGGGUGGAUUACGCUGUUAGGCUCUUAAACUAAAGUGAAUCUCUGAUUUGUUUUUAUACAAGUUGUAAAAAAAAAAACAAAAAAAAACAGUAUUUAUUUGUAUAGCUGAAUGCAGGUCAGAAGUAAGUAAAGCUGCAAAGGCUGACAGAUGAUGAAUGUGAAGAACAAGGCCACUUUAUUGUAAGACUGUGACACCACUGCUCUGCACACUGCCCCAGUUCACUUUUAGAUAACAGCAUUGUGAAUGCCUGGACCUAUUAGCUUGAUCCUUUGUUUCGUUCAACUCCAGCUUCAGAAACUCGCAGGACUGCAUAUCGUUAUGAAGCUUUGACCAAUCCUGUUAGAACGAUUACAGUGUUACCAAAACUUGGUUGUAAGUAAAUUUAUAUGUCGUAAUAUAGUAAAAAAAAAAAAUAACAAACAAAAAAAACAAGAGAGAACAUAUGCAGGCUUUGGGGUCAGAAUCACUGCCUUUUGCAGACCUUUGAUCUGCAGUUUACAUGUACGUUUAGACCAAACUUCACAGGUUGAUUUUAUUUUUAUUAGUAUUUUUAUACAUUACUGGUGUAGUUUCUGUCCAGAGAUUUGAUCCUGUUCAAUCUGCAAUGAGUGUUUAAGCCACAUGGAUGGCAUGUUUAAUAUUUCUGUCAAUUUAUGAAAGUGUUUUUGGCUAACGAUUGAUUCACAUUUAUUCUCCAUAUACAACGUAAGAGGUUCUUGUAGCCAGUGGCAUCCUCCAUACCAGAGGUGCAUGAUGGGUAGGAGAAUGUAUGAGCAUGGUGGACAGUCAUAGGGCAUCGAAAACAAACAGUGGUGCCUGUGUGGUCCCAUUUUCACUAUAGCGCCUCGCCUUAGUUAUACGUGCUUGGCAAUCAGAGAAGAAAAUUACAGGCUUCGUAAACACCAGUAACUGUGUACAGAGUGUUUAGGACAGGGGAGAAAAUCUCUUCUCUGUGUCAUUCUGUUUUGACCAUGUCAUACUCAGCAACUUUAGUACUCUUGAGUGGUUUCUAAGUAUUUUUGUGAAUUUCUUUGUCUGAAAUAAAAAAACAAGAAAUAAAAUCAAAACUUUCA